GGCACUGGUAGCGCCAUUGUCCGCCCCAGCCGAACUCCUGGUCACUGGGUUCAGCCUGUAACUCCUUCGAGCGAGGCUUGGGCAUCUUUCUUGAUAAACAGAGAGAACGUGCUCUAACUUAAAGCUGGAAUUUUCACCAUCCCCGAUUUUUAUAUCAACGCCAGAAAUGGUGUCUGUACAAAAGGAUGAAUUCCGGGUAAGCAUCCUUUGAUUUUACAUGGAUCUCGACAUCCAGCCAGGAACCGCCAGUGACGACUUGAUUCCCAGGCCCUGAAGAAUAAUCGCGUACAAAACAUGGAGGAGGAAAACAAAGCGAUGCGCAGUUCACGAUAAGCUAGAGAUGGUCGGCAUUGUAAGCGAGGUAAGCGAGAUAUUGAUCCCCAUUGCGGCCACCAUGUACGAGAGCGAAGCAUGGGUGUUUAUGGUGAUCUGCAAGAGAAGAGGAACAUUUGGUCAAGCCAAGAGCACAGAAAGACAAAGCCAAUCGCUCCAACAGCACGGACCUGCAACUCCAGACAGUGAGAACAUCGAGCCAAAAGCAAAGAGUUUCGUGCAUACCAGUGUACAAGCAAGGAUCGAGACGCCCCAGUUGAUUCUCCAUCUGAGCAGCAACGUGUUAGAAAAUGGAAAUCUAGCAAGCGAGCGAGCGACUCCACAAAGCACCCAUGGCAACGCCGAGAAAUCCGUGCAUCAACUAGACGAAGAAUUCCAAAAGUUCUGUGAGAUAUCCAAAUCUGUGUACGACGUAAGAAAGAGUCCAGCAAUGACGUGAAGAAGCAAGGCUGUGAUCGCCUAGAGAACAAAUGUUUUUCGAAUACAGCAAAGAUGAAAACAUUCAUUGUUUUGCGACCA